AGGCUGAUGGCUUCAAUCAAAUCCUAAUCCAGCAAGAACAUCAGAAGGGAAAGAGAAAGUAUAAGUGUCCUUCAUGUGGAAAAAUGUUCUGUUACAAAUCAAACUUUAAUGUACACUGUAGAAUUCACACAGGCAAGAAACCAUACAAAUGCCUGGAGUGCGGAAGGAGCUUCAGUCAAAAAGCAAACCUUACUGCACAUCAAAGAAUCCAUACAGGUGAAAAGCCAUACAGAUGCUUGGAUUGUGGUAAGAGUUUCAUUCAUAAAUCGAGCCUCACUUGCCAUCAAAUAGUGCACACUGGAGAGAAACCAUAUAAAUGCCUGGAGUGUGGAAAGGACUUCAAUCAGAAACCACACCUUACUUCCCAUCAAAGAAUCCAUACAGGUGAGAAGCCAUAUAAAUGCAUGGAGUGUGGAAAGAGCUUCCGUCAGAAAGAACACCUUACUUCCCAUCAAAGAAUCCACACAGGGGAUAAACCAUAUUCAUGUUUGGAAUGUGGGAAGAAUUUCAGUUUUAGCACAGGACUUGUGUUACAUAAGAGAGUUCACACAGGGGAAAAACCAUAUAAGUGCUUGGAGUGUGGAAAGAGCUUCAGUCACAUUGGCAACCUCACUUCCCAUCAAAAAGUGCACACAGGAGAAAAACCAUAUAAAUGCAUGGAGUGUGGAAAGAGCUUCAGUCAUAGCCAAAGCCUAACUCAACAUCAAAGAAUUCACACAGGGGAAAAACCAUUUACAUGUUUGGAAUGUGGGAAGAAUUUUAAUUCCAGCUCAAGCCUCAUUUUACAUAAGAGAAUUCACACAGGGGACAAGCCAUACCAGUGCUUGGAGUAUGGAAAGAGCUUCCAUCACAGCUCAUACCUUACUUUACAUAAGAGACUUCAUGCAGGGGAAAAACCAUACAAAUGCUUGGAAUGUGGAAAGAGCUUCAGUCAGAAACCACACCUUACUUCCCAUCAAAGAAUGCAUACAGGGGAGAAGCCAUACAAAUGCUUGGAGUGUGGAAAGACCUUCAGUCAAAACUCACAUCUUACUGUGCAUCAUAGAAUUCACACAGGAGAGAAACCUUAUACAUGCUUGACAUGUGGAAAGAGCUUCAGUAAUCGCACAUACCUUACCUGCCACCAAAGAAUCCAUACGGGAGAAAAGCCAUAUAAAUGCUUUGAAUGUGGAAAGGGCUUUAGUCAGAGUGCAAGCCUUUCUGUACAUCAAAGAAUCCACAGAGGGGAGAAACCGUAUUCUUGCUUUGAAUGUAGAAAGAGUUUCAGUUGUAGCAAAAGCCUCACUUCUCAUCAGGAGAUGAAGCAAAAAAGAGCCCGGCUGAAAAAGAAUCAACUCGGCCUCCGGAAAACAGGUGAUGGACAGAAUAGUAAUUGUUCCCAGGAACCAUGUCAGAUCACAUCGAAAAGAACAAAGCAGGACAAAACUAAGGAAGGGAUCUUUCAGGAUGAAGAUGGAUCAAGGAGGCAGGGGGACAAUCAAGAUGAGAAUGAGAGGAAGGAAGCCAUUUUUAGCCAGGCUGAUGGCUUCAGACAACCCCCAAUCCAGCAAGAACACCAGAAGGGAAAGAGAAAGUAUGAGUGUCCUUCAUGUGGAAAAAAGUUCUGUUUCAAAUCGAAACUUAAUGCACACUGCUCUAUUCACACGGGGGAGAAACCUUACACAUGCUUUGAGUGUGGAAAGAGCUUCAGAGACACUUCAGGACUAACUUCACAUCAAAAAAACCACACUGGAGAAAAACAGUAUAAAUGCAUGGAGUGUGGAAAGAGCUUCAGUCAGAGAGAAAAACUUAUUAUACAUGAAAGAAUUCAUACAGGGCAGAAACCAUACAGAUGCUUUGAGUGUGGAAAGAGCUUCACAGACACUUCAGGACUAUCUUCACAUCAAAAAAUCCACACUGGAGAAAAACCAUAUAAAUGCAUGGAGUGUGGAAAGAGCUUCAGUCAUAGCCAUAGCCUAACUCAACAUCAAAGAAUCCACACUGGAGAAAAACCAUAUAAAUGCAUGGAGUGUGGAAAGAGCUUCAGUCAUAGCCAUAGCCUAAUUCAACAUCAAAAAAUCCACACUGGAGAAAAACCAUAUAAAUGCAUGGAGUGUGGAAAGAGCCUCAGUACUAGCCAAAGCCUAACUCAACAUCAAAGAAUCCACACAGGGGAAAAACCAUAUACAUGUUUGGAAUGUGGGAAGAAAUUCAGUUUCAGGGUAGGCUUCAUUUUACAUAAGAGAAUUCACACAGGGGACAAACCAUACAAGUGCUUGGUUUGUGGAAAAAGUUUCAGUCAGAGCUCACACCUUUCUUCCCAUCGAAGAAUGCAUACAGGGGAGAAGCCAUAUAGAUGCAUGGAGUGUGGAAAGGGCUUUAGUCAGAGCUCACACCUUAAAGUGCAUCUUAGAAUCCACACAGGAGAGAAACAUUAUACAUGCCUUACAUGUGGAAAAAGCUUCAGUAAUCACACAUAUCUUAUUUGCCAUCAAAGAAUCCAUACGGGGGAGAAGCCAUAUAAAUGCUUUGAAUGUGGAAAGAGCUUCAGUCAGAGUACAAGCCUUUCUAUACAUCAAAGAACCCACACAGGAGAGAAACCAUAUCCUUGCUUUGAGUGUGGAAAGAGCUUCAAUCAGGGUUCAAGUCUGACUUCUCAUCAGAAAAUCCACACAGCAGAGAAACCCUAUAAAUGAUUAAAAUGUGAAAAGAGCUUUCGGUUUAGCACAGGCUUUGCACGUCAUCAAAGAAUGCAUGAAGAGGGGGCACCAUAAAAUGAUCAGAUCAUCUUAAAAUCAACCAUAAUAUAUCAAACCUUGCUGUAUUUCCAGAAAUUCAGCUAGAAUAAACGAAUUCCUAUGAGAUGAAUCUUGCUUAAAAAAUAUUAAAAAUCAGAGGACAUG